CCCAGUCAGAGCAAAACUUAAGCUCUGGUUUCCAUGCUAGUUUCUUCAGAAAACCAUGCAGCCACUCCACUUUUCAUGCAUGAAAUACAACAGAAAUUUACCUUUUCUUGGCCUUGCUCUUGUGCUGCUGGUUUCCUUAGCAUCUCCUAGCAGUUCCUGCACGGAGCAGGAGAAGCGCUCCCUCCUCCAGUUCCUCGUCGGGCUCUCACAAAACGGUGGCCUCACUGCGUCCUGGCAGCAUGGCACAGAUUGCUGCCAGUGGGAAGGUAUCACAUGUAGCAGAGAUAAAAUUGUUACGGAUGUCUUGCUGGCUUCCAGGGGUCUUCAGGGACACAUCACACCUUCUCUUGGGAACCUCACUGGACUGCUGCGCCUCAACCUGUCAAACAAUCUUCUAUCAGGUGGCCUACCACAGGAAUUGAUGGUUUCAGGCAGCAUCAUCAUCAUAGAUGUCAGCUUUAAUCAACUUGAGGGACACUUGCAGGAGUUGUCAUCUUCAACCCCUGCCCGGCCUCUGCAGGUACUGAAUAUCUCAAGCAACUUACUUACAGGAACGUUACCAACCACAACAUGGAAGGCAAUGGAGAAUCUUAUAGCACUGAAUGCCAGCAAUAACAGCUUUACAGGACCAAUACCAAGUGAAUUCUGCAAUAGCUCGUCAUCCUUUGCGGUUCUGGACCUCUGUUUCAACCAGUUCAGUGGAAGAAUUCCACCUGGACUGGGUAGCUGUUCCAGACUAAUAGUGCUGAAGGCUGGCCGCAACAACCUCAGUGGGACUCUGCCAGAUGAACUUUUUAAUGCUAACUCGUUGGAGUGCCUCUCCUUUCCCAAGAAUGAAUUACAAGGAACACUUGAAGGUGCACAUAUUCUCAAACUGAAUAAUCUGACAACCCUUGAUCUUGGAGAGAACAAUUUCAGUGGCAAGAUUCCGGAAUCCAUAGGCUACCUUCAGAGACUGGAGGAGCUCUAUUUGAACAACAAUAACAUGUCUGGAGAGCUGCCAUCAACUCUGAGCAACUGCAGAAAUCUCCUAACCAUUGACUUAAAGAGCAACAGUUUCAGUGGAGAACUCGUGAAGGUCAAUUUCUCGAACCUACCCAAUCUAAAAACUUUAGAUCUUAUGCGCAACAGUUUCAGUGGUAAAAUUCCGGAAAGCAUUUACUCAUGCAGCAAUCUAAUUGCACUGCGGCUAUCUUCCAAUAAGUUCCAUGGCCAGUUGUCAGAAACAAUAGGCAAUCUGAAGUCCCUGGCAUUCCUAUCACUUGCUAAAAAUAGUAUGGAAAAUAUCACAAGUGCACUCCAGAUACUUAGUAGCUCCAAGAACCUCACCACCCUUCUUAUUGGUGGCAACUUCAAGAAUGAGUCCAUACCAGAGGAUGAUAUAAUUGAUGGUUUUGAGAAUCUUCAGGUUUUGGGUAUUGAAGGAUGUCAAUUGCUCGGUAAAAUACCUCUUUGGAUAUCAACGCUUGGAAAUUUAGAGGCCUCUUGCAGAGAACAUGAAAAGACCUCCCUCCUCCAGUUCCUAGCUGGAACCUCGUCGGAUGGUGGCCUCAAGGCGUCGUGGCAGAACGGCACCGACUGCUGCACAUGGGAAGGGAUCAUCUGUGGCACAGACGGGACAGUCACCGAUGUCUUGCUGGCUUCGAAGGGCCUUGAAGGGAGCAUCUCACCAUCCCUUGGCGAGCUCACAGGCUUGCUGCGCCUCAACCUAUCCCAGAACUCAUUGUCCGGUGGCCUACCGCUGGAGUUGGUAUCAUCCAGCAGCAUCAUCGUCAUAGACGUCAGCUUUAACCUCCUCAACGGAAACAUGCAAGAGCUACCAUCUUCAGCUGCUGGCCGCCCUCUACAGGUAUUGAACAUCUCAAGCAACUUGUUUACAGGACAGUUUCCAUCCACAACAUGGAGGGCAAUGGAGAAUCUGAUUGCACUCAAUGUCAGCAAUAACAGCCUUACUGGGAGGAUACCAACUCAUUUCUGCAAAAGCUCGCCAUCCUUAGAGGUGCUUGAACUAGAUUACAACAGAUUCAGUGGUAGCAUUCCCCUUGAAGUUGGUACUUGUUCCAAGCUCAGAGUGCUCAAUGCUGGCCAGAACAAUCUCAAUGAGACACUGCCAGAUGAGCUCUUCAAUGCUACCUCGUUGCAGCAUUUGUCACUUCCUAACAAUGCCUUGCAUGUAGUGCUUGAUGGUGCACACAUAAUGAACCUCAGAAACCUCAUAACCUUUGAUCUUGGAGGGAACAAUUUCAGCGGCAAAAUUCCGGAUUCUAUAGGUCAGCUCAAGAGGUUGGAGAAGCUCCAUUUGAAUAACAACAUGAUGUCCGGGGAGCUGCCAUCAGCCCUGAGCAUCUGCUCAAAUCUCAUAACAAUUGACCUCAAGAGCAACUACUUCAACGGAGAACUUAGCAAGGUCAACUUCUCCACACUGUCCAAUCUAAGAACUUUAGAUCUUCACGACAACAACUUCACUGGCGCAAUUCCAGAAAGCAUCUACUCUUGCAGCAGUUUGAUCGUGCUGCGACUAUCAGUCAACCAUUUCCAUGGAGAGAUCUCAUCAAGAAUAGGCAAUCUGAAGUAUCUCUCCUUUUUUUCAAUAGGUAACAACAAUAUUACAAACAUUGCAAAUGCACUUCAUGUUCUCAAGCAGUGCCAGAACCUUAAGACCUUACUUAUCGGGCACAACUUCAGGGGGGAGUCCAUGCCAGAAGAUUAUACAGUAGAAGGUUUGGAGAAUCUUCAGGUUUUGGACAUCAGAAAUUGCCAAUUGUUUGGAAAAAUGCCUAUAUGGAUAUCCAAACUAGAAAAUUUAGAGAUGUUAAUCUUAUCUAACAAUCAACUCACUGGAUCAGUACCAGCCUGGAUCAAAGCCCUUAGUAAUCUCUUCUAUCUAGACAUAUCUUCCAACAGCAUCACAGGAGAAAUUCCAAUAGCACUAAUGGAUAUGCCAAUGCUCAAGUCAGAGAAGACCGAAGCCCAUCUAGACCCGAGGGUCUCUGAGCUACCUGCUCAAGCAACUCCAUCACUUCAAUAUCGCAUACAAACUACUUUCCCUAGAGCACUGGAUCUAAGCAACAAUAGAUUAACUGGUGAGAUCCCCCUGGAGAUUGGUCAGUUGAAAGUCAUCGCUUCACUCAAUCUGAGCUUCAAUGGUUUAACAGGGCAGAUCCCAGAACCUAUAAGUAAUCUCACAUACCUGCAGGUGUUAGACUUGUCAAGAAACAAUCUCACAUGUACAAUUCCAGCUGCAUUGAACAAGCUGCACUUCCUUUCAGCAUUCAACAUCUCUAACAAUGACCUGGGAGGUCCUAUUCCAUCUGGAGGCCAGUUCAACGCAUUUUCACCUUCUAGCUUCAAUGGGAAUACAAAGCUAUGUGGCCCUAUUCUCAGGCGCAGUUGUGAUUCAGCAGAAGGAUUUCCCCCUUGUAGUAGUGCAACUCAGGGCAGAGGGAAAAGGAAAAGAUACAAAACAAUUCUACUAGCUACAUUUCCUGCUCUGAUAUCUCUUAUUCUUGUUGCAUGGAUAUUGAUGUUCCGACAGGAGAGUAAGAACUCCAAGUCAAUUAACACCGUUAGAGUAACACAAGCAAAUGUCUUCUCAGUUUGGAGCUUCGAUGGGGCAAACGUGUUCAAGCAAAUCGUUGAAGCAACCAACGAUUUUAGCGAGAUACAUUGCAUAGGAACCGGGGGAUAUGGAUCUGUCUACAAAGCUACGCUUGCAACAUGCGAAAUAUUUGCAGUGAAGAAGAUACACAUGAUAGAAGAUGAGUGUUGCAUCAACGAGUCCAUGUUCAAUCGUGAGAUCGACGCAUUGGUGCAGAUUCGGCAUCGAAACAUCGUAAAAUUAUUUGGAUAUUGUUCCUCUAUCAAAGGCAGGUUUCUUAUCUAUGAAUACAUGGAGAGGGGAAGCUUGGCGGAAACACUGAAGACCAAUGAAAGGGCAAUCGAAUUGAACUGGAAAAGGCGGAUAAAUAUUGCAUUGGAUGUGGUUCACGCUUUGGCAUACAUGCAUCAUGAUUGUUUGUCACCAAUCGUCCACCGAGAUAUAACAAGCAACAAUAUUUUGCUUGAUGUCGAGUUCAGAGCUUUCAUCUCUGAUUUCGGCACUGCUAAAAUUCUCAAUGUUAACAGCCCAAAUCUCACAAGGCUUGUUGGAACGAAAGGCUAUAUUGCCCCAGAGUUAGCGUAUACGGAGAAUGUGACGGAGAAAUGUGAUGUAUACAGUUUCGGAGUGCUUGUUCUUGAGCUAUUUAUGGGAUCUCAUCCAGGCAAUUUACUCUCCUCCAUCUAUUUGACAACCAACAAGAAUGAUGUCUGUCUGAAGGAUUUGCUGGACUCCAGGCUUGAGCUCCAGGAUGCUGAAACCGCUAAAGAAAUAUACACCGUGCUCAGUGUUGCAGUUCAGUGCUUGGAGCCUAACCCAUCAAGCAGACCAACGGCACGACGUGCCAGUGAUGAGCUAUCUGCAGGGAUUAAAAUAUGUGAUGAUCAUCAUGUUGAUUAUCUGCACGCCGUCCUAAACAUUCCUGUCCAGUAGUACCUAGGGCCAUAUGGACGAUGAAUUGGUGUUCUUGUAAAUGUAGUUUCUUCUCAAGCGACUACAGUACUUUCAUGCAAAUUUGUAUUUCAGUGUUAUGUAGUAAGAAAAGCAAAUUUCUAAUGCUAUGGAGCCAGCAAUAAACUUAUAGUAUCAAUGAAUGCAUACUACUAGUAAACUUGCUUUGU